ACAGAAUGAGUCGUAUAUGGCAUCACUUGUCUAUUCAAGGAUAAGAUAUGGCCUCGAAAUUUUGUCUUGUCGAUCUCCCUAACCGUUGGAUUUAUACCCAUGAUUGAAUGUGAAUCUUAUCUUAUUUGGAUGAGCUUUUAAUACUUCAUCGGUAUAUACUACUUUUGGAAAAAAUAUGCGUGGGGUUAGGGAGUUAUGACAGUGAUAUUUAUUGCCUUCAAUGGAGGUAAACAGUGGCAUAUUUCUAGUUGUGUAAAUAUGUGUAGCCUUAUCAUGACAAGUGUCAAAGUUGUACUGGAGCACUAGUCUCUAUUGACUAUCAAGUACUAGAGCACUACGGACAGUUCCUGUUGUAUUGGGGAGGGUCUAGUGGGUUGAAUGAUACUGAGAUGAAUUUGUUGCAUUUGCCAUUUAGUGUUUUGAAUUGAGACAUUAUAAAGUAUACAAUAGUGGGGGUAAUUGUUUUGUUACUUGGCUGACUUUUCGGUGUCGCUGGUAAUGAAAAAUGAACUCGUCCCCUUAGCUUUGCUACACUUCAUGUCCAUCUUUUGUUUAUGAUAAAUAGGAUGUAUGUCUAAUUCACACAUUACUCAAUAUAUUUUUACCCGGAAACCAAAAUCUCAAGGAUAAAGUAUACAAUGUUAAAGUUGCAUCGUUUUAGCUCAAAAAAAUGUAUUAAAGCAUUUGCAAUUGUAUCCUCAAUAUUAAAGAAUAACGCAUACAUAUUUAAGAUGAAAAGAUUAAUCACUUUUAUUAAAUGCGGAUAAACUUAGUAAUUAUUAGUUUGUACUUAUUGUUUCUUUGGUGAGUUUGAACAGGAAUUAAAGUGACAAUUAAAAUAGGACGGAGGAAGUAUUAGUUAUCCUCGAGUUUGCUCGAUUACUUGUCGUUUGGUUGGGAAAAUGUUAUUUCGGGAUUAAUUAUCCACCAUAUAUGUGGGAUAACUUAUUCCAUCACUAUGAUGUAAAUGAUGGGAUAAAUAAUUUCAGAACUAACUAAUACCUCACUAAUUUCAGAUCAGUAUCAUUUAUUAUUUCGGUCUACACAACUAUAUAUUUGCAUAUUGGUUGCAGUUACACCUACUCGUCUUGUAAUUAAAUAUUCCUAAGGACAGAUCAACCACAGCUAUUGUAUAAUUUAAACAUGUGCCAAUAAACAUAAUAUAUAUGGACCGGUCUAGUUUUAUUACCUAUAUAUGCUCAUGUUACGUCGACAGUUUUAUUUGUUUUAAAAAAUUGAAAGACAUGGUCACCUUCUUCUCCCUCUUCACCACAUACCCCUUCAUCAUUCUUCCAUUUUUUGGUCUAACAGUUAUACUAUAUCUGUCGCAUUUCAAUGUUGAAAAAUUCCAGCAAGGUGCUAGAGGCGUCGAUGGACCCCCAACUUACCCCAUCAUAGGUUGCUUGAUUCCAUUUUACAAGAACCGGUAUCGUCUACUUGAUUGGUAUACUCAUCUUCUCAAUAAGUCACCAACAAAAACAAUUGUGAUAGACAGAUUAGGAGCGCCGAGGACCAUAAUAACAGCUAAUCCACACAACGUAGAGUACAUGCUCAAGACCAACUUUGACAAUUUUCCUAAAGGCAAGCCUUUCAAUGAAAUUCUUGGUGAUUUUCUUGGAAAUGGUAUAUUCAAUGUGGAUGGAGAAAUGUGGUACAAACAGCGCAAGAUGGUUAGCCAUGAGUUCACAGCUAAGUCUUUGAGAGAUUACGUUGUGAAUGCGCUCAAAGAAGAGGUGGAGAACAAGUUGUUGCCUAUGUUAGACUUAAUGGAGGCUGAAAUAAGAGCUUUUGACUUGCAAGACUUGUUAAAAAGACUUGGAUUUGAUGUGGUUUGCAAAGUUUCCUUGGGGUUUGAUCCAUGUUGCCUCAAUGAUUCUCUUCCAUUUUCGCCUCUGCUAGAUGCCUUUGAAAGGGCUUCACAGAUAUGUGCUGGUAGAGGAGCUGCUCCAAUAUUUGCCAUAUGGAAGGUGAAAAGAUGGUUAAAUAUUGGAUCUGAAAGACAGCUGAGACUAGCCAUUGAUCAAAUCCAUUCAUCAGUUGCUAAUAUCAUCCGCGAGAGAAGGAUUAAGAUCAGAGGAGAAAAACAGCAAGAGACUAAUAAAGAUCUUCUUUCAAAACUGAUAUUGGCAGCAAAUUUUGAUGAGGAGGAAGUCAGGGACAUGGUGAUCAGCUUCAUUAUGGCAGGAAGAGACACAAUAUCUGCAGCAAUGACUUGGUUGUUUUAUCUACUUACUCUCCAUCCCGAGAUAGAAAAUGAAUUGGUUUCCAAGGAGCUAAGUUUCAUAGAAGCUGGAGCACUGACGAAGCAUGAGAUACUGAGAGAGAUGAAAUUCUUGAAAGCUUGCAUCUGUGAGACAAUGAGACUCUAUCCACCAGUUGCAUGGGAUUCAAAGCAUGCAGUUGCUGAUGACACUUUCCCGGAUGGUACUCAUAUCAAAGCUGGGAAUAGAGUGACCUACUUCCCCUAUGGUAUGGGGAGGAUGGAAAACUUGUGGGGGAAGGACAAGUUAGAGUUUAAACCAGGGAGAUGGAUGCAGGAUUCAGAAGAAGAUCAAGGAGCAGAGCAGGCAUCAAAUUUGUACAAGUUUCCUGUCUUCCAAGCAGGUCCAAGAAUUUGCCUUGGAAAAGAAUUGGCCUUUAUUCAAAUGAAGUAUGUUGUAGCUUCAAUAUUGAAGCGUUUCCAAAUCAGACCAGCUUGUUCGGAUCCUCCUACGUUUUUGCCACUGCUAACAGCUCAUAUGGCUGGUGGUUUUAAGAUUUUUGUCCAUAAGACUAAAUACAAUUAGAUGAUCCCUAAGUCUCUUUCCAUGCUCCGACGAGUUCUCCUUCCAAAAGCCACCAGCAUUAUCUCCGAGGUCACUAAAGAAAUGGUUUUUAUAACAGAACUUUCAUUCUCUACCUAGCUAGGCUUUAAUUCCUGCUGAUUGGAUCAAAAACAAUUUUUGAAGGAGUUAUCCAACUCAGGGAAUGAAGUACUUAUUGGUUUUACCUCUUAAUUAGUAGAAAAGGUCGAUUACUUUGAAUAGCACAGCUAUUGGCGCACAUAAAAAAUGAGGAUGGCUCUGAAGGAUUAUUAAAACUCUAUUUCAAAGGUUGUAAUAGCCAAGACAAUUUUUCCAUCCUCAUUUUGUAUUUUAUUUUCCCUGUAAUUUUUUCUUUAUACUUCAGCUGGAACCUAGAAGCUUGAAAAAAAUUAACUAGAGAAGAAAAGAAAAGAAGAAAUUGAAAUCCUUCAUUGCCUUUUGGAUAUAACAAGAGAUGUUUGUUUUUGAAGAUAAAA